AUGUCGAAUCAAAUGGAUGUCGCAGCAAGUCUGUUCACCACCAAAAUCCAUCAUGACACCUAUGAAUAUAUCCAGAGAGUGUCAACAAACUUCACUGGUCGACGAGCAUUGGUCACAGGAGCUUCGAAAGGCAUCGGCCAAGCAAUAGCAGUGGCCCUGGCGCGUGCAGGAUAUUCACACCUCGCACUUCUAGCUCGUGGUUCGGUGGCAUCAACCGCCGAGAAAGCAAGAGACGCAGCCCAACGGUCAGGAAAAAGUCCUCCGGAAAUCCUCGAGUUGAGCGCAGACUUGGUUUCAGCGACUUCGAUAGGCGAUGCCGCAAGCAAGCUCAAGGCAGCUUUUGGCAACCUAGAUGUCUUGAUCAAUAACGCGGGGUCUUCGGAUCCGUGGAGCUCGUUCCACGACUCUGACCCGGACGACUGGUGGCGCACGUGGGAAGUCAAUGUGAAGGGCACCUAUCUCGUUUCCAGGGCCUUUAUGCCACUUUUGCUGCAGGGACAACAGAAAACUCUCAUUACAGUGACAAGCGCUGGGGCAUGGUUCACCAUGACCGGGGCGAGUGCGUAUCAGGGCAGCAAGACUGCUCAAGUGAGGCUGAACAAUCACCUACAUGAGGAAUAUGGCAAGCAGGGCCUAAUAGCGAUGUCGAUCCAUCCAGGUGGAGUGAAGACGGAUCUCUCUUCGUUGCUACCAGAGGAACUCAAGUCCAUUCUUCUGAAUGACACACCAGAGCUAUCAGCUGAUACCGUUGUCUGGCUUGUUUCAGAGAGACGAGAGUGGCUCGCCGAUCGGUAUGUCAAUUGCUCUUGGGACAUGGAAGAGCUGCAAGCAAAGAAGGAAGAAAUUGUGUCGAAGAAUCUCCUGAAGCUGAGUUUAUCUUGUUGA